GAAUAAGCGGAGGUUCGUUGAACCGCUAUAUACUUACCUUAUAAUACACCUUAUCUGUCAAACGAAUUGUUGAAAUAUCCAUUUUUAGUAAAUGAAAAUAGCUGAAAUACUAUCGCUCUGCUGCUGUAAUGCUGACGACUUUCCGGUUUCACGAGCAUCAGAGAAACCGAAUCGAGUAAUGUUGAAUUUCGCGAGAUCACCAAGGAUAAGUAGUUGCCGCAAGAAAGCCUAAUUGUCGAAAUUUGCUGCUAGAGCCUAUCAUGGCUGAAAUCAAACGUAUACCACUGCAGAGUGCUCCAAUACAGGAUGUUUCCAAACAGAUAGCGAAGAAAUCUGAGAAACCUGAGAAGAAGAAGGAAAAGCAGAUAGCACCAUCCUUUCGCUUCGUGCUCAAUCUUCAUGAGUCCAACGAGCAGAGGUGUCCUGAAUUUAAUUACUCGGACCUUCUAAAGAAGGCUGAAUCAAGGCGAAGGAAGGAGAAGAAGAAGGAUGAGUACAAUGCAAGCAAUGGUCUUAGUGUAUUCGAUGAGAACGCGGAUGAUGACAAGGUCCUUGAUGUAGCCAGGUACUUCGAGGAAAAGUAUGGCAAUCGCAAAAAGAAUGAUUACGUUGAUCUUGGAGCUGGUUACGAUGAGAACGAUUCCUUCAUUGAUAAUACAGAUGCAUACGAUGAGCUUGUACCUGAAGAUAUAACUACUGCAUUUGGAGGCUUCUAUGUUAAUAGUGGUGCUCUGGUAUUCAAAGAAUCAGGCAAGUUUCCAAACCUUCCAAAGCUCAAUCAUGAUAAUGGUAAUGGCAACGACGACGAUGAUGAUGAUGAUGAUGAAGAAGCUAGCACUGACGACGACACUGAUGAGAAUGAAGAAAUUGCAACUAAGCCUGCAAGCAAGAGGUCCCUUAGUUCUUCCGAUGAGACAGAGGAGAGCACUCAGCCUCCAAAGUCAAAAAUCUGUAAAGAGCUACCACCGGAGAUCAAUCUAGUAGAGUGAUCCAUACUGUAUAGUUUACUAAAAGCUGACUCUUCAUAAAUAAAUUAGACUAAGGCGGCAAAAACUCGUUAUUCCAAGGCAGAAAAAAAAACGCUCAUCUUCCACUGUUAAUUUGUACAAUAGCGUAUAUAUUAUAUACACGUGUAUUAGAGCGGAGAAGGCGGAAAUAUUUUUGUUCCACAGAGGAAGAAAGAAAUGAAAAAUAAUCAAUUCGCAAUUGUCCUGCGGAUACUGUAUGCAGCUCACAGUAGCCCUCGAGAUAUUUUAUAAAAUUUUAUAGAAUUUGUAAUUAUAUAUAUAUAAUAUUAUAAACAAGCGAUAUACAUUAAUAAUAAACUCAUGAUUUAAAAAAAAAAAAAAAAAAAAAAAA